AUGGCACGUCAGAAGGAGAAGCAGAAGACGAGGAUGAAGAAGACGAACAUGAAGAAGACGAAGAUGAAGAAGACGAAAAUGAAGAGAAUGAUGAAGAAGAGGAAGAGGCUCGCUUUGCUCAUUUUCAAAUAUCCAUCACAUUUUUCGAACGGCCCAGCCAUCCGACCCAACCCAGCGCAGCUUGCCUCGAAGCUCGAAGCUCGAAGCUCGAAGCUCGAAGCUCGAAGCCCAAAGGUCGACGGUCGUCGUCGCAAGACUCACGCACCACCUCCGUCCAUCUUCCAAUUCCCAAUUCCCAUCGCGAAUCUCCGGCUAUCCCAUCCUCGCCUCCACCAACCUCCUCCGCCACCUCGCCUCAGCUGUCCCCAGGUGCGAGCGCCGUCACCGUCCCCCCGGGGCGAGGUUGACAUCGAAAACUUACGGCUUGCGACACUUGUAAGAAGAGACGGCGUUCUCCGCAAACUUCAGAGCGCUAGCCUUGAGAUUGCCCUGGCCUCCAUUCCACGAGAAAUAGCCCGAUUUCUCCGCACAGUCGAGUCCACUAUCGCCUCUGUCAGCCAGCCGCCCGUCCACGCCUCGCGCGCUCCAGAAGAACAAGAGCCGUGCCGCGGGGAUACGACGGAGAGGGAGCCGGUCAAGCUUACAAAGCUGGAUGGUAUUGCCACUCAUAUCGAUGCUCUCAUCCGCCGCCGUGACGGCGGAAGCGGCAAGGAUAGCGGCAGCGAGGAUGGAGUUGAUGAACAUCAUACUGAUAGAUAG